CUUCUCUUAUUUCCGGAGCCGCACUGUUUUUAUUAUUGCUUUGAAUCGUCUGCGCUCUCCUCGCGUGAUGGCGUAUCUCUGGCUCACCGCAGCGCUGCUCACUGUCCUCCUCUGCCCGGGUUCCUCCAGGAUGGUUCCGAAUCCUCUCACUGCCCUCAAACCCAAACAUCUGUCCACAGACAUGUGCUCCGAGUGCAGCAGCCUCCUGCUCCUGUCCACCAACAUGAUCUCCAGCUCCAGUACCAAGGCCGCGGUGUACAACACCCUGCUCUCCCUCUGUGGGCGUCUUCCUCCUCCCCAGGCAUCCCUCUGUCAGAAGCAGGUGGACACUCACCUGUCCUCUGUCCUGCAACAGAGCCAGAGCAAAUCAUGUGGACUCUUGGGGCUGUGUCCUGACACCAAAGAAGCACCAGGCUACACUGAAAGCAGAAGUGAGAAGGAGCGGUUUAGCCCAGUGUGCACGCUGUGUGUGAUGGUGGUGAAGAAGCUGGAGACUCUUCUUCCCAAGAACAUGACCGCGGAGGCCAUCCGCAGCCUGCUGUCAGACGUGUGCUCGCUCAUGCCUAAGUCCUAUCAGGAGAAGUGUGAGGACUUUGUGCACAAAUAUGGAGAUGACAUUGUGGAGUUCCUCCUGUCCUCUGCUGCUCCUCACACCAUCUGCACGCUGCUCCACCUGUGCUUGCUCAACGAUAUGCCAGCACCACAGGCCUCACUACCAUCAGACUGCGAUUCCUGCCGGACCCUGUCAGUCCUGAGCAGGGUCCACCUUGGUCUGGACCAGGAUCUGAACCGGACUGAGGCCCAGAGCUUGGCCUUCCUUGGAUCUGUGUGUGGGUUGCACCCUCAUGCCAUCCCCAAGUGUGAGGCCUUCACCAGAGUCUACACCUCUCAGCUGCUCCGGGUCCUGGGACAUAAUCCAGACAACUCUGACUCCUGUGAGAUAGCAGACUUGUGCGUGCCCAGGAAGCAAGCUCCUCUUCUGGGGCAGAGGCGCUGCACAUGGGGUCCCAGCUACUGGUGCAGAGACAUGCAGACGGCCCAGGAGUGUGGGAACCAGGUUUUCUGUAAGAAAUUUGUGUGGAAGUAGGCCACCUGCUGUUCACACCUUGUUACUGCUUCUUCUGACUGGUGCACUGAAGGUUCUGCCAGUACUGCACUGAUUUGUUUUAUAAUGACUCGUAUGCACAUUAAUGUAUCUUUUUGCAUGUAUGCUUUAGCCAACAUUCUGUUGACAGUUUAUGACUGUCACAGUCACACAUGGUAAAUUGGUUGGGUUAACAAUAUACAAUUUAAUCCUAUCUCAAAUGGAGCCGAUCAUUUGGUUCCGGAAGCAAAUUUCCCAUUCAUUUUUCCGAUAGACUUUCUGAAAAUAUAUACAAGUUUAGCUUUCUCAGGACUAAUCAGCUCUGUAGUAACAAAGGACCACAAGACUUAUAAUUUUCUGUAAAAUCUGUUUUUG